GAUCACAUGACUAUUUUCCUGCUCCAGCAGUAAAUAUCAGCCGAAUUAGCAGACACGGCUAACAGGAUACUCCCUGGUUUUUGGCAGAAGAAUAGACAAUGUUUGAUCGAUUAUCGUUUAACACAGCCGGUUAACAGUCCAGUCUCUGUUGGCUCAGGUUCGGGAUGAACCCACGGCUCGGUUCGGAGUUCUAACGCAGGUUCCGUCCACUCUUUGAUAUCCGUGGUGACCGAGCUCAGUUAGCUCGACAGGUUAGCUUAACGCUGCCCGAAGGGAGGCGUUGUUUCCAGUGACUAUGCAAGGGGAGACCACGGCGAUCCGGAUCACGGAGAGCGAAGGAAAGCUGGAUGUUUUCCCCCAGGUUCGGACCCCCAGCUCGGGGAGAGCGAGUGCCAAAAGCUGGCAGUACAGGUGGGUGACUGGGUGUCAUGGUAACGAGAAUUCACAGGUAAAUGAUACAUGAAAGAAACACAGAGAGAGGAAAUAUUUGAGUUUAGAGGAAGGAAAUCUAACUAAAGUAAAGAGUAUAGACACAGAAACGAUCUUUAUUUAUAACAGACACCAAAAUAAUCUUGUUCUAUAUACCUACUCAAGUACCUGUGAGUUAUAAACAUGAUAAAAACAGAAGAUCCAGGUGUUAUCAGAGGUAUCAGAAACCCUAGAUCUAGAUUUAACCCUUCAUGCCUUUUGUAUCAUAUUUGAUACAUACUUUUAUAAUACGUCUAUCAAUCAAUAUGAUCAGCAAAUUAUUAAAAAAACAUCCUAACACAGUCCGGUAAAUGAUAAAAAUGUCCUCUUGUGGUUUAUCAGCUUCCAAAGACGUCUAAUCUAUCAAAAGAGAUAAAUAAUAUAUCUGUUAGAUUUUAAGGACAUUUGGAUUGUUUUGGUUUUCAGUAGUAAAUAAAAUAAACAUUUCAGCUCCAAAAAAUGUGAAUUUUGUGGACAUCAUUUGUGAUUUCAGGAAUUAUAGGGUUAAUAAAUCUGGCCAUAAGGUUUUAAGAUUAUUAGAAACAUUGUUCCUAAUUGAAAAAAAAUCAAAUUUUUUCAAAACUUCAAAAAAAUGUUUUGUUUUUAUGUCAUCACAUUGAGUUGCCUUGGUAUGAAAUGCGCUAUACAAAUAAAGAUGCCUUACUGAUGAAAAUUUUUUGUUUUUGUUUUUGAAGGGCCAUGUCACUGUUUUGUUCUCCUGUCUCGAUCACAUUGGACUGAACUCUGAAGUGUUUUUGCAUUUUCAAAAACAAAACAAAUAUCUCACAUCCUUGAAAGCUGAGCCUUAAAUUCAGUUGAAAAACUGAGGCGUGAUCUUUGAAGUCAGGGUGUUGUGGUUUUGGAUCGGGACUUUGUUCAAUGUGGUGUAGACUGCUCGUUUUUGUGUUUUUGUAACGUAAGGGUGCGGUUUUUAGAGUAUUAACGGUAUUUAAGGCGUGUUUGAUAACAAAGCCAGCCAUGAGAGUAGAACUUUGUUGUUUCUGUAACUUGCAUACCUGUUUGCUCUUCACUUAAUCAUGAAAUUAGCUGUGAGUGAUUCACCGUCUACACUUCCUGUCUUUUCAGUGACCACAUGGAGAACAUCGACGGCUACCUGAUGAAGUACACCAACCUGGUAACGGGGUGGCAGUACAGGUGAGUUUUUAACAGAACACCGUCUAAAUCAACUCGUGUCCUGAUCAGGGAUACAGGACAAACAAGGAACUCUCCUCAGCCCGCUCUGCAGUCCAGCCGUAAUCUAGUCUAAUCCAAUCCCAUUAAAGCUGCGGUGGUUCCUCAGAGGGGUUGGACUUUAUCACUGAGGCUGUUCUCCUUUUUUUUUUUAAACCUCAGGUUCUUCGUCUUGAACAAUGAAGCAGGUCUGCUGGAGUAUUUCGUCAACGAGCAGUCGCGGCCGCAGAAGCCCCGCGGCAUGCUCCCCCUCGCCGGGGCUGUCAUCUCCCCCAGCGACGAGGACUCGCACACCUUCACUGUCAAUGCCAUCAGUGGGGAGCAGUACAAGCUCAGGGGUGGGUGCCUGAAAGCGACUUCUUUACGUGAAAUCCAUCAGAUCUGUGCAGUAUUGAUCUGGAUGUUUUCCAUUAUCCUCUGCCGGAUGGAGCAGAAGCGGACGGAGAAUCGAUCACCCUGACAGUUUUUCCUCUUUUUUUACAGCCACCGACGCCAAAGAGAGGCAGCACUGGGUGAGCAGGCUGCAGAUCUGCACGCAGCACCACACAGAGGCCAUGGGGAAGGUGAGGGCGAGUGUUUACACAGUCAUGUUUGUGACCAGAGCAGCAUUUUUACAGCAUCAGACAGGAGAGUCUCCUCAGUGGAGAGAGAGGACGUGAGCCGGACUCUCUUCGGUUUCCUGUUUCUCUUCCUGCUGCUGCCAAAAGAGCAAUUUAACACAGUCAGCAGCAGGAAGGAGAGGAGUGAAAUAUUAAUGUUUACAUCGAAAUCUGAGGUUUUACUGUGUGUGUGUACGCUCUGUAAUCACCUGUAUUGAUUAGACAUUGAUCUGAGAGUAAAGUGCUGCGCUUGGGCUAAAUCAGCGCUCCUGAAAUCCACAAGGAGAAGCAGAAAGGUGCAGCGUCGAACAACCAGUCCACCUCAGUUUGUAAAAAUCAAACUUUCUAACACCGUUCUUUCUCUUUUUUUUUUUUUUUCACACGCACAGAGUAACCCCCCGCCCAAAUCCCGCAGCUACUCCAUGGCGUCUCAAGGCAGUGGCAGCUCCCCUAUGUCUGUGCGACGGCCCAGCCAAAACCCCACCUCCUUAUUCGGCUGGUCGCAGACCAACAGGGGCUCGUCGCUCUACUCCAGUAAGAGGUCGCUGCUGCCGGACCACCUGCUGGAAGCCAGAGAGGUACGGCAAGCCAGAGAGGGCGCAUCAACUCAGGGUUUCAAUGUGUGCUUUAUAAGUCUUACACUGAUUAUUAUUAAGUGGAAAGCAGCUGGUAAAAUCAGGCGGAAACUUCACCCUCUGUACAGUUACUUAUUCAUGUGUGAAUUGAGAAGUCCAGAUCUCCUAAAAGACGACUUACAAGUACAAACAGCUGUAAAAAAAAAAAAAAAAAACCUGCUUUGAUUGGAGUCAAAUAUGCAGGAGGCAGUUUGUGUUUGAGAGAUUUGAUUGGCUGUGAACUCCGCCUGCACUUUGACACAUUUAGGUGGCAGAGUUUCAGCACAAGAGGGAGCUGUUGUUUCCACUAAAGUGACCUCAGCAGAGGGAGUUGAUUUGGAGGGGUUUAUUCGCAGCGUUUGAUGCCUGUAGAUCAGCUUCUUAUCUGAGUAUUGCUGUUAAACUGUUAAAAGGCUGCUGAAUGUUGAGCUGCUGCAGUUUCACACAUUUCUGCAGCUCUUCCUUUUUUUUUAUCAAGGUCUAUCACAUCAUAGGUUAAAAUUCUGAAAAUGAAUAAAUAUUUGAUAGAUAUGAUCAGGACUUAAGUUGAUUAAAAGAUUUAAGCGAAAAAAAGUGGAAAAAAAUAUUAAUGUAUAAUAUUUUUAUAGCAAUAUUAGGAGAUGGACAUUUUUGUCCUCUAAGGACCUGAACGUAAUUUUUUUUUAAGGACCCCUGAGGGUUAAGAGUCUGAAACCUGAACAUCUGCAAAUAUAACUAGAAAAAUAUUCAGAGUCUGUUUCUGGAUUUUAAAAGUAACCACAUUUACCCCCCUCCAGAUGAUGGGCCAAGCCCAGGGCCAGCACCGAGACCUGAUCCAGAGCAUUGAGGGCCUGCCUGCAGCCCCGGGCCUCUCCCCUCUGGACCAGGACUUCCUGAUGCUUAAAGCCACCUCCAUGGCCACCAUGAACUGCCUCAACGAGUGCCUGCACAUCCUGCACCUGCAGCAGGUGGCUAGGCAGAGGGGAUCCUUUGGAGGUAAGUGUUUACCUUCAGAAACAUCCAGACUCUGCAGAUUCAGAGUUUUGGGGGUCUUUCUUGAGCUCAGACAAAUCAUAGUUGUGCAGAAACAGGCCUGCCCUCAAUCUAAAGGCUCACGCUGGCCGGACAGUGGAAUUAUUUUGCAUUAUUGAUGGGGAACCGUACCUAUUCUUACCACCUAUCUCGCAGGUAAUGAGAUCUGAGACUGUUUAAAUAUCCAUCAGCUUCACUUUGAGGAGAGAGUCCGCCUCCACAUUUGCUCCAUAUUUACAAACAUAAAGCUCCAUUUUCAUCCAAAGUGUCUCUUUUCUCUGACCUUUUCUCUCCGGAGACAUUUGAAUAAAAUCAUGGAGGUAAUGUCCCACUUUUUGCACCACAGAUCUCAUUACUUGAUGCAUAUUUCAUUAGGCCAGACUCCUCGCUGCAGCCAAUCAGAUUAAGUUGUCCAACGACGCACAAGGGGAAUUUAAAUGAGUGCGGCCCACCUCUGAACAUGCAUAAAGAAAUGCCCAAGCCACACCAAGUCUGUUCAGCCAAACAGAGGGUCAGGAUGCUUCCUGGAGGCGGGGCUAGAGUAUCCUGAUACCUGGCUGGUCUAAGGGUUUGGGUUUCACUCUUAUGGUCGAGUGGAAGGGAAAAGCGUCCAUCUCGACGCUGCCGGGCAGACAGGUGGUUGUUGGAUGUUAAGGGGCGAGCUUUGAACGUCAGGGGGGACUGGGUGGGAAGCAGGGUCAUAACCACGAGCGCCUCUGAACCCUGCUGUGCAUUCCCCCCUGAUGGCAGGACCCACCAUCGAAUGGCUGGAGCCCAAGCUGCCCGACAUCCUGAAGAACGGCAGCAGCUCCCUGGGCAGCUUCACCACCGAGGGGGGGCAGCUGGAGGGGAGCCGGCUGGAGCUCAGCAGCCCUGAGUCCUGCAGCUUCUCUGGGGUAAGACACUCAGAAUGACCCCCACUAAAUCUAGCUAAUAUUUACCCUCACAUCAACCCGCUGAUGUGACUCUCUCUCUCCGUCCACCCCAGGAACAGGAGGACAUCAGCGCCGAUGAUGAGGCGGAGGACUGCUUCACAGACAAGGAGGAGGACCUGGGAGCCGUGGAGGAGGAGCGCAGCGUCAUCUUACACCUGCUGUCCCAACUGAAGCUGGGCAUGGACCUCACGCGGGUAGGUCGAGUUCCACGUAGAGCCACGCAGCACUUACAACCUGAUUAUCCAAGACCUCCUAAUUAAAGUCAUCUUGUGUUUAAUCCUGUAAGAUCCUCAUUAAACUCUUCGUACUAAAAUUUUUAACUUGACUGCAAAGUUCUUGUCAGGAACUUUAUGUUUGCGCUGUUUCUGGCACCCCCUGUGGCGAAAUCAUCCAAAUUUAAUCAAGUUUAACUGACAAUCUGAUGAUAUUUUACACAGCUAGUUCAGACGGCGCACAAAGUCACGCUCAGCUUAUUUUGGCACCAGGGGAAAAUGGUUCCCAUAAGUAUCGCGAUUUUGUUUUACAAUUUUUAAAGUAGACGAUCAUAAUCAUUCAACUGUUUCACUGGUGUUAAAAAUGCAAAAUAAUUAUUGAGACAAUCAACAAUAUCGUAGAAUCGCAAUUUAAAUAGAAUUGGUAUCCAAAAAAUCGUAGAAGAAUCGAAUCGAGAGAAAAACAUGUCAUCCCAGCCCUAUAAAACAUCAUUUUAUCGCGGUUAGAACAAUUUGCUUCAUUAAAAUUCUGAAAUUAAAGCAGCAGAUUUGUCCAAAUGGAAAAAGCGGUGACUCUGAAUUAAUGAGCCUCGCCUUGUUUUUCUGUUUUCUGAUUGGUCCAGUCUGAAGUGAGCGCCUCUGACUCAGUAAUUACCUCCUGCACACUCACACACUCUGAGAGCGGAGGCAGGGAGAGUCAUUCAAUCUUCUCGUGUCAGUUUGUUCCAGUCCUUGGAUAGCCUCGUGUUGGGUUUCUGAUUUUUCGUGGUUAUCUGUUUGAUCGGCUGUCGUGUUUCAGAUUUAGAUCAAGUCGACUCUCAGAGUUCAUCACAACCUUCGUCCCUCUUCAUGAAGUAGAAAUGAACCAAACAGAAACCAGAGAGCGGUUGAAUCAUGGUUGUUUGAGUGAGCUGUGAUUUGGGGUCUUCCCUCAGGUGGUCCUCCCUACUUUCAUCCUGGAGAAGCGCUCCCUCCUGGAAAUGUACGCCGACUUCAUGUCCCACCCGGACCUCUUUGUGGCCAUCACUGACGGCAACAGCCCUGAGGACCGCAUGGUCCGCUUCGUGGAGUACUACCUCACCUCCUUCCAUGAGGGCCGCAAGGGCGCCAUCGCCAAGAAGCCCUACAACCCAAUCAUUGGCGAGACCUUCCACUGCUCCUGGAAGGUACCGAGGAGACCCGAGGCCUCCAAGGAGCCGUCGCAGGGAAGCCCCGACCCGGCCGUCUCCCAGGACCCCUACCAAGUGCGCUUUGUGGCGGAGCAAGUGUCCCACCACCCACCGGUGUCUGGUUUCUACGCUGAGUGCCAGGAGAGGCGGAUGUGUGUGAACACGCAUGUGUGGACCAAGAGCAAGUUCAUGGGGAUGUCCAUCGGGGUGUCGAUGAUCGGGGAAGGUGAGUGAGACGCAUUUUUACGAUCUCAGAGACCGGAGAAGGAGAAGAGGCCACAGGUCUGAAUCAGUCCUGGACCACUUCAGUCAUCGGGGGCGCGAGUCCACCACUCAGUCAAACUGGCGCCCUUUAAUAACCAUUUCCAUCUUUACCUCUGCAGGUUGUCUAAAUCUGCUUGAGCACGACGAGGAGUACACUUUCACGCUGCCUUGUGCGUACGCUCGCUCCAUCCUCACCGUCCCCUGGGUGGAGCUGGGUGGCAAAGUCAACAUCAGCUGCGCAAAGUCGGGCUACUCCGCGGUCAUCACUUUCCAGACGAAACCGUUCUACGGUGGAAAAUUACACAAGUGAGAUUCUCCUGAAUUCUAUACGAACAUUGUAGUUUGGUUUAUAUCGCUCUCGUAUUUACUUGAUCUUUCUGAUGAAUCGCAGAGUGACAGCGGAGGUGAAGCACAACACAACCAACGCAGUAGUGUGUCGAGUGCAGGGCGAGUGGAACGGCGUCCUAGAGUUCGCUUACACCAACGGAGACAUGAAGGUGGUUGACGUCACAAAGCUGCCCGUCACCAAGAAGAGCGUCCGGCCCAUUGAGAAGCAAGGACCGACAGAAUCCAGGUGAGACUUCAGGAACCUUACGUGAUGAAAUGUUUUAGCAGCAGGAGCAGAAAUAUAUCAACAUGUCUGUAUUUCAGGCGGCUGUGGCAACACGUGACGGCAUCUUUACGAGAGAAGGAUAUCGAAAAAGCGACGGAGCAUAAGAGGCUUCUGGAGGAGAGGCAGAGGACGGAGGAGAGGCAUCGCGCCGAGACCGAAACCCCCUGGAGGACCAGAUACUUUGAUAGAGAGGUGAGCAGGCUGACCGCAGUGACAGCUUCAAACUCAUUUUUAAAGUACUCAGAAGGGGUUCUGACACUUUUACAAACUUUCUGCAGAAGUUUGGUUUUGACUUCUGGGUUUGCCAUUUCAGUUUAUUUGCACGAGUCAAACAUGAAAAUAAUCCCCCUCCAGGUAUGACAAACACACUGUUGUCUCAGAGACCUAAAGGUCAUCCAGAGAAUUUCACAACCUUUUUAGUGUCACCACUGUCUCCAAGAACACCCCCUCUAAUGACCUUUACAGUCUCUUGAAGUGUCAUGAGUGUUAGCACAAUGAAACAACAAAGGAGGGCACAGUCUCAGGGUUUUCUCACCAUUUAAAGGCACACUGUUUGCCUGUUUGACCUCAUGGCCUGCCUGAACUAGCUCCGUGUUCAAUCUUAUUGUAUUUAAAAUGGUGGGAAUGGCGCCAAAUUACCUGAGGGAGGAUGUAAACAUGAAAAGUCGAAUUAGACUGCUAUCACAGUUUUCCAGCAAGGAGACAACCAAAAACAGUAAAAUUGUUUGUUUUAAAAAGGAGGUUUGGUCUGAAAUCUCUUGACUUGUCCUCUGACUCUCAUCUCUUCUCCUCCUCCAGGGCGAAGGCUGGGUCUAUCACAAACCACUUUGGAAAAACUCUGCGUUCAAAACCUAGCUUCUUCGGUCCGUAUGCUGUAUCAGGAUAUUGAUGCGUAGAUUCAGGUGUGUGUUUGUGCGUGCGUAUGGGUGUGUGUGAUGGACGCACACAGGUGUGGUAAACGGUUAUGAAAGCAUGACCUGCACUGACGUACAGAUGAAUGCAACAUGGGGAGAAGGACUGAAGGUUUUCGACUCUCGCUCAUGAUGUUCACGAAGCCUCCGAGUACAAGCUUUUGUACUGCUGGUCUCUGUUUUUAUAAUCUAAUGUCAAUGACAACGUAUUCUUGUACAGGUAAUGGUACUCUAUUUACACCGCCUUAAGAUAGUCUGACGAAUGAAGCUCUAUGUUUGCUGAUCAAGCUGGAAAUGGUUCUUCUGUUUUUUUUAAACUGGUAUAUCACACUAUGAUGAAGUGACUUUUGAGGAGAUAACAACCUGGAUCACUGGAUUACCGCCUGACGGGAUGAAGUUUGAUUAAUGUGAAACUGUCGGGAAAAUAGAUCCUGUGUGCUGGGUUGUAAAGUUGUGUUAAAGCGCCUGAAAACUUUCCUUUAAAUCCAAGAUUUUCACGAACAUUUCCAAAUCAGCGAAGAGGAUUUUAUCAUCUGCGUCUGGUAUUACCUGAUUUUCCAGAAAAACAAAUUGUCACUGAAAAACGACUCAGAAUCACAUUUAUGCCCAAAGUAUGCAUGAAAAAUGUGAAAGAAACUUCCUCAUGAGAAAAACCUGCUAAACAUUUUGUCUGUCUUCUUCUCUGUUGGCUUUUCUAAGCAUAUUGUACCAAGAAGUUGAUUGAAAAACGAAGUUUUCAGGGUUUUUAAACCCAAAAUCUGUCACCCUUACCAAAUGGGAAGCAGUUUCAGAUGUAAUAGAGUAUUUUGAAUGCACACAAUGCUCAAGACGCCUUAAAUCCAAGGUUUGAUAAAAGUUUCGUAACAACACUGAAAAUGGAGGCAUAUCAAACUUAUCUUAUUUAAACAAUUCCUCGAUAAAAUUUCACCACCCUCCCCUCCUCACACCGAUUUCAGGCUUCAAAAAUGACAAAUUAACACCCUCAGUCCUGUCACUGACAGUCUUGUAUGCUUUUGUAUUCAUAAAAAAACACCAAAAUAAAUUAUAAGAUGGUUUGUGUGCAUUUAGAUAAACUCUUGAUCUGAAAUCGAACAACUCUGAGUCUAAAUUUGGGUUAAUUUCAUCGCUCUUUGAUGCUGUUUUGAUAUUAGUGUACCGAAGAAGUCACACUGCUUGUAUGGCAUGUCAUAGACUAGCUGACGAAUAACCAAAUUUUAAGAUAACUAAAUAAUGAUGAAUUAUGAAUGCGUCUGAUUAUAAUUACCCCAAAAAGUCCUUCUCUUUUUUAACUUCUGUGUUUUUGCGGUGGAUGGUGAAAUUCCUUCAUGCAUGAUACUGAAGCCUCACACUGAUUGCAGCCAGUAUGCUCCUCCUGUGUCUGCAUUGAUUAUAAAUGUCUGUUGUAAAAGCUUUUAACCAAAUUUGCUUGUUUUUGUAAUGCGAAUAAAUCUUAUUUUCUUUGAAUGCGUGUUCAUCCCCGAUCUAAAAGCUCCUUUUUGUGUGUGACAUUCCCAGUUUUAACAGUGUUUUUCUUUUGGAUGUAGCUCCAGUGCAUUGAAUAAAACAUCUGAAACAUUUCAGCACCACAUUCUGCAAAAAUAGACAAAAAAACCUCCCUGUGCAGCCCAUAAGCUACUCCUCCCUCCAUGUUUUGGUGCCUUAUGCAAACUCUGUGUAUCUCCAGGCUGUUGAAACUGCUUUUACGACGGUUAUAUUUCAGAGCUGUGGGGUAUGGAUUAUUUGCCUGUGUGCGUGAGGGUGUGUUUUCUUCUGAGAAUCAGUGCUCACUGUUGACAGACAUGGACUGCAGCACUUCUUUCCUGGGACUUGUCUUGGUUUUGGACUCUUCUGGUUGUUACGAUGACCUAUGAAAUGCACUGACAUUGAAGGAAAACCUGAUGUAGAAAAUGGACGUGUGACAAUAAUCAAAUAAAUUGCGUAUCAGUUGUAAAACA